AUGGUGAAUGGUUACAGUCUCCUUGAUUUAGUUCGAGAUAUUGGAAAUGGUCAUUUGGGCGUGUUGUCUAUUAACAUAGAGAAAAAUGGUGUUAGAAUUGCUGCAUUACAGAAUGAUUUACAGGGGCAGGAUGAUAAAAUGAUUGAUAGACUAGUAGAUGGCAGUAAGAUAAUUAUGCCGGGCCAGGAUCCAACUAGGCGAUGGACAAGGCUUAAUAUCAUGGUUGUUUCAUUUUUAAAAUUUUGUCGAGAUGUAGACCCAUGGUCUUUAUGGACCAGCAGUGAUUUGAUAUUCGAACAUUACUCUAAUCUUAACAACGCCCUAUUGGAUGAUUCUUAUCCGGUAGAUGCCUUAACAGAGUUAUUUUUAUCUGAGACAGAAUACGUUACUAAGCUAGCAAUAAAAUUGGAUGCAAAUAAUUUAGACCUUGGUACUAAACAAAGUCUAUUUCUCUCGUAUAUUUCAUCCAUUAUAUCCAAGUUAUUCAAUAGUAUAAAGCCACCUAGAGAUGGUGCGAACUCUACUAUUCCAAAUAAACAGUUGAUAUUGCUCAACAUCAUUAAUAAACUGAACAAUAUUUAUUUCAGAAUUAAUUCCCCUCAAUUGUGUUCCAAUAUAUUCAAGAAUUUCAAGCCUAAGAGUAUGUUUGAAAGUUUCAAACGUUAUCCAAUUCAUGAGCAAAUUGAGUUUCGGUAUCUUUUAGGUAGGUAUUAUGUGAUAAACUUCAGAAUGACAAAUGCUUUUGUUCAAUUGGAUACAGCUUUUAGAAUGUUGUGUCAAUACAUGGAACAGUGCCCUCAUACCGCUACUAGAGAAAUAUUGCAAAGAAACCUAAAACGAAUACUAAAAUAUCUUAUCCCAGUUGGGAUUACUAUAGGUAAAAAACCCCAUUUUCAAGCAGUUCGGGGUAUUGACCUCGAUUUGGCAAAAAGUUAUAUCGAAUUAUCGAGAAAUGUAAAUUCCGGGAAUUUCAAACAAGUGAAUAUUUGGCUAGCAAGUAAUGAGGAUGAGUUGAAAUCACAGAAUCUUUUACUACCACUGUUACAGAAACUUCCUAUAUUGGUAUUUAGGAAUCUAUUCAGAAAGGUCGUUAUUGAAUAUGUUCUAUCAGCACAAAACAAUAAAAUAUCCUACGACUUACUGAUGCGUGCAUUGCAAGUUUCUAUAGGUUCAGAUCAAUUGGCUUUACCGCCAAUGUUUAAAGUGAUUCAUAGACCGGAGGAUGUGGAAAAUAUACUUGUUACAUUAAUUAAUCUGGGAUUUCUGAGAGGUAACUGCUUUCCAGCAUUGCGAUUGUGUGUGGUCAAAAAGACGACAGAUAUUAACGAUAUAUUUCCGGAAAUGACAGAGAGAAUUGUAAAAAUGUUUCCACUAAAUAAUGAAGAUAACUGGUUUGAUAUCUAA